AUGGGCCUCGACGAAUCCCUGCUCACGCAACUACUGACUUACAAAUUCAGCGUUUUCGCGUGCAAAUACGAUAUAUUGGAGAAUACGGUGUCUGGAGAUAGGAAACUGGUGCAAAAAUGGCCAUUCGAUUUAAAGAAAGUGAAUGGAGUGUAUGAACUGCACCUAAAUUAUCAAACCGAAUUGAAGAAUUUCUCAGAGUUCAAUAUACUUGAUCAAUAUGUUCUUCAGGAUGGAGCUAAGAAUAGACUGCUCAAAUUUAGGGAUUUAAUAGAUAUCCCAGAUAAACUCUGGAAGCUACCUAUUGAUCCUCGAGUCACCUUACUCUAUCCACAAGCCAUCAAUAUUUCUGAUGCAAUCAAUCGACUUAUUGACAGAAAACCAUUGAAUGAAGUAAGUGAAUUUUGCACUUUUUAUUAUCACAAAUAUCUUUCUAGAAACCAAUAA